AUGCUCGGUGUCUUCUCUCGCCUAGUAGCACCCUCAACUUUCUUGUGGGCGCUCCUACCGUCCGCACUUGCAGACCAGUCAACAACCAUCACAACCGACCUUUACCCCGAGACCUGGAAUGGCUGGGGAGUCUCCCUAGCUUGGUGGGCCAAAAUUUUCGGAGACCGAGAGGACCUAGCAGAUAUGGUCUUUACUCUAGAUUCAACAUACUGGAGUCCUGGAAGCGAGACACUACCCGGCCUGGGCUUGAAUAUCCUACGAUACAAUGCGGGGGCCUGCUCAUGGAACACCAUCAACGAUACUGUGAAGAUGGUCGCAUCUGCAAACAUCCCCGCCUCUAAGCAGAUAGAAGGGUACUGGCUAGAUGGGCUGAGCACCGAUCCAACCUCCUCAAGCUGGAACUGGACUGUGGAUACCAACCAGCGUAUCAUGAUGUUGAAUGCACAGACUCGGGGUGCAGAUACUUUUGAGCUCUUCUCUAACUCGCCUAUGUGGUGGCAACUGGACAAUCUUAAUCCCAGUGGUUCCUCUGAUGGUGGAAGUAACCUGCCUGCAUCUCAGUAUCAAAAUCAUGCUAUUUACCUAUCUACGAUUGCCCAGUAUGCUCAGGAGAAUUGGGGAAUUACGUUUACUUCGAUCGAGGCGUUCAAUGAGCCUUCUUCCAGCUGGUGGGUUUCCACGGGCACACAAGAGGGCUGCCAUUUUGAUGCCGCUUCUCAGGCAUCCUUGAUACCGAUACUUAAGCAGGAAAUGGAGGCCCGUGGUUUAGAUGACACUAUCAUUGCUGCAUCUGACGAGAACACCUUCGAAUUAGCCCUGGAUGGCUGGGACACCAUCACCAAAUCGACAGAAAAGGCGGACGUUGGACGUGUCAAUACUCACGGCUACGAGGGUCUUAGCGGACCACGCUCUGACCUCCGUGCAGCAGCAACCAGUGCUGGGCAAGAGCUCUGGGACAGCGAGUUCGGUGAUAGCGACGGCACAGGCGCUACCCUUGUGAAAACCAUCAUGAUGGAUCUAAAACUGCUGCAGCCCAAUGCUUGGGUCCACUGGCAGGUGGUCGACGGCUCGAACUGGGGACUCAUUGAUGGCGACAUCUCAUCCAAUACCCUCGGUGGUGCGACUACCAAGUAUUACAUGCUGGCGCAGUUCAGUCGGCAUAUACGCUCUGGAAUGCAGAUUCUCAAUAGCACCUCGAGUAAUGUCAUUCCGGCUAUCAAUCAGGACAAUGACACGCUUGUGAUUGUUGUGGCGAACUGGGAUGAUGACCAGAAGUUCACAUUUGAUCUCUCUGCCUUUUCUAAGGUUCCAGAUGAUGGUACGGUGAUUAGUAGCUGGUUGACUGAUACCGCUGGUGACAACCUGUAUGCCAGCGGGGGUGAUGUGGUCCUGGAGAACCAGGAGAUCUCAGUGUCCAUUGCAAAUGCUACUGUUCAGACAUUUGAGAUAUAUGGCGUGCAGAUCUAG